GUACAUUACAUACCGGGUACGCCCACCUGUCACCGAAACACACCGAAAUCAACAAAACAAAACAACACGUGCACACGUUUUUUCGUUCGAAACUGAAUUUUUUCUUAUUAUUUUCCGUAAUUUCUCUAGCUAGACUACUCUUAAGUACGAAGAAUGCACGUCGUCACCCCGGAAAUGGAGCAAUUCCUCGCCCUUCACAAGUACCAGCUUGAGUCGUCCUGCAUUCCCAAAAUCUUCUGGGAACCUUUGGAACGCAAACUCCGAGAGCAGACUUUUGAUGCCGGCCAGGCGUUUUCGUUGAUGAAAUUCGACUACGAGGAUCGUGGCAGGGGCCCACGAGAGCCUGUUUGGGCCGUCGUGGUCACUGCCGAGGAGGGAGUCUCUGAAAGCGACCCGCAGAAUAUUUUCCUUGUCGACCACGCCUGGACAUUCAGGAUCAAUACUGCCAAAGAGCAGCUCAAAGCUUGUCCUCCGUUGGUGGAGCGCUUGGCAAACAUGAUGGACGUUUCUGAUGAAGACCCUGACGCUCUGGCCGAGCUGGUUUUGGAGGAAAUGUGGCGCUACGCCCAGAGUUAUUCGGUGAACGCCUCUGAAGCAGAAGACCGAACUCCGAUUUGGUACAUUAUGGACGAGGUUGGCUCUGGAAUCCAACACUCGGACCAGCCAAACGUCCGGGUCGUUCCGUUUGUCCACUUGCCAGACCGGAUCACAUACUCUCUGCUGUUUCCUUUGGAAGAUCUGGAGACUGGAACUGUCAUAGGAAGGGACUUUGCCGAAGGUCCAGCAACUGAUCCGGAAGUCCGCAAAGCUCUUUUGCUGCCCUGGUCCACCGAGACUUCAUUUUUGGAUGAACCUUUUGAACAGUCUGAACCUUCACCUUCAUUCUUUCAAGAUGGUCGAGUGGCUGAAGCACUUUCGGACCCAAACAUCGAGGUUGAUGUGGACAAAAUUGCAAGACCAAUUCGUGUCUUCUCAGAGUACAGUGAGGUCAACAAAGCUCUGAAACACCCUGAUUUCACCUUCGUCGCAACCCCUGAGGAGGCAGAUAUUUUAUGGCUUACAUAUCACUAUAAAGAUUUCCAGGGUCUUGGUCCGAAUCGCUUCGUCAACCAAUUCCCUUACGAAAGUGUCCUGACCGUCAAAGACCUUUUGUGUGUGAUUUGCAGAAGAAAGGCAGAGCGAGGUAGAGAAUGUGACUCGCAGACCUUGGAAACUCAGCCAGCUUGGCUGCCCACGACCUACAACCUGAAAACGGAACUACCUCUUUUUGUCAGCUACUUCGAACACCGAGAGGACAGGGGUCUCGACAACCACUGGAUCUGCAAGCCAUGGAACUUGGCGCGUGGCCUUGACACUCACAUAUCAAAAAACCUUAACUUCAUUCUUCGAUUGCCACAGACUGGGCCGAAGAUUGCUCAAAAGUAUGUUGAGGAUCCUGUUCUGUUCACACGAAGUGGAAUCGGACAGGUCAAAUUUGACAUCCGAUACGUCAUCUUGCUCAAGUCUGUUGAGCCACUGACUGCCUACGUCUACAAGGAGUUCUUUGUUCGAUUUGCCAAUUUGCCAUUCCACCUGGCAGAUCUUGAGCAGUAUGAGAGACACUACACUGUGAUGAACUAUGAAAAUCCUUCCCAGUUGUGCCAUAUGAAGUGCGCCGAAUUCGUAAUCGAGUUUGAGCAACAGUACGAAACCUUGAAGUGGGUGGACGUGGAGGCUGAUAUUUUGGUUGCCCUGAGAGGUGCCUUGGAGGCUGCAGCUAGCAAACCUCCUCCGCAAGGAAUUCCAAACAGCCCUCAGAGUCGGGCUCUCUACGCUGCUGAUUUGAUGUUGAGUUGGAGUGGCAAGGAGCGGAAAAUGCAGCCCAAGCUUUUGGAGAUCAACUGGAUGCCGGACUGCAAGCGUGCCUGUCAAUACUAUCCCAGUUUUUAUGACGACGUUUUCAGCACUUUGUUCUUAGGUGAAACAAGAGGCAAAAAUGUGAUCCCUCUGUAAUGCAAAUUAAAUGAGAGUCAAGCCACAACUUUUG